AUGAUCAAACCGUUUUAUCACCUUUUACUUCUGUUUACAAUUGGGUUUCCCUUCGGAUUAACUAAAGAUAAUUUGUAAGUCAAUAUUAUGUUUUAUUUUGGAUGUCUUCCAUUUAUCAAUAUUAUAAACUGGAUAAAAAAUUGUUAAUUUACAUUCAUUUAGGUAAUUUAUUUAAUUUAUUUAUGGUAACUUGACUAAAACAAAAUGUUUUACAAAAUACAUAGGUAAUAGUGCAGUGCAAAUGAUUGUACUUAGUAGAAUAAGUAGUAUAAAUAUGAAACUAUUAUUGUUUUACUAUUUUGAUAAUGCCUAAUUGUCUAUUAUUAUUAUUUUUUUGACAUGGUCAAUGACUAUUGAGAGGGCCUAAAGCCUCCUAGACCUUCUCCUGGGUACGCCACUGCAACUUUAAGAUAACUGGGCUCAAUUAACUUGUGUAUAAUGUUUUUUUUGAUUAUCUUGAAAUUCAUUUAUAUUUGCUCUGACGCGUAGCAAGAAAGAGUAUUUUAGUUGUUGAAAGACUACUCUCUCGGUUGUAUUUAUGCCAAAAAUAAAUUGUACAUUAAAUGCUUAGGAUUCUUACAAAAUGUGUAGUCAGCUGAUUCUAAUUUCAUAUUUGAUGUUAUUAUUUAUCAGAAAGAUUGAAGAUAUUACAUAAUAUAUAAAUAUCAAAUACUUGAUAAUGGGAAUGAUAGUAGUUAAUGGUUAUAUUUUAUACGACUAUAACCUGUGGUAGCACCAGCUGAUGUUAGCAAUUUUUAUUGAUAAACGAUAUGAUGGACUGUAUUAAAAAGUAAAAUCUGCUGUCUACAAGUUUUAUUUAAAUAUAAACACCCCUUUAAAAAAUCCUGGCUACUUACUUGGAUUUUAAAAAUUCUAGUAGAUUGAAAACUCGUACAGAAUUAUGAACUUAUACCGUUAGAGAAAUAUUUAUUUUAAAAAAACCAUUUGAAUGAAAUCCAUUUUUUGUCUAGGGCACUACAAUAUUUGUUCUAAUAUUAAAAUAUUAUGGUUACUUUAUAUUCUUUCUUAAAUUUAUUUACCUAAAGAUAUUUGGAUUUCUCCCAAAAAUAAUCUUAGUUGCACAUUAUUAUAGGUAGGUAAGUAGGUACUUUACUAAUGUAUUUUAAACCCAUUCAAACUAUUAAUAGAAAUAUUAAAAGGUACUAUUUAUUGAUCUUCUCGUUUAAUACCAUAUAUUAUUUUUCGUUUUUAGACUAUUUCUAUAUGUUCAAUAAUGAUGAAUAUAACGUUACUCAACUUCGAAACAAUCGGUAAGUAAUAAUAAUAAUAGUUAAAAUACUUUGGCGGAUCCAAGGAGGAGGGGUCAUAUGGUACCCUCCUGAGUAAACAAAACAUUGCCUCCUAAAGCAGAAUUUAGACAUUUUAUACGAUCUUCUUAGCAACUAGACAACAUUUUUUUUUUCCGAAAAGAUACUUCACUUGAAAUCGGGAGCAAUAUUUCUAGCACAAAAAUAAAUUCGAAAAUAUCGAAAACAAUAAAACUUUUAUUACCAUACAUUUUUAUAUUUUUUCUUUACGUUUUUUUUGGUUAUUAUUAAAACUACAUUGAAAAUUAACAAAUACCCUUCUCAAUGCACCUAUUAGAUCAAAAAUGCUACAAUGCUAGCUCAAAAUUUAAAAUAAAUAUUUGAAUAAUACAAUUUUAAAAUUUUAAUAAUGUUUUGUAAAUUACAAAUUCAACUAUAGAAUAUGAAUGUGGAAUUUGGUACUGGAUACAUUUAAUUACUUCUUUCCCCACUCACUGAAUAAUUUCUGGAUCCGCCACUAUUAUAGUGUAUAAGUGUAUUUAUAAUACAUGACAAUAAUUAUUAAACAAUUAUACCUAGGUAUUGAUUAUCAUUUCAGUGCCAUGGAGUAUCUCUUUAGUGUUUUGUAUAUUGUUAAUCAUUAAUUGGGUCAUAGCAUAUAGCGGAGCAUACAAUGUAAGAAUAAUAAUAAUUAUCAGUGGUUGAAUUGGAUGGGGGAAGACCAGAGUGGACGGAGCCUCCUUUUGUUUGUUCAUAUAGAUUUCUAGUGUACUGAUAAAUAUACCCACUAAUACCCAUUAAUUUCAUUAACCUAGAAUCACUAGGAACACUUUCAUAAGAAGUGUUUGUAUUAGAUAAUUUUUUUUACUACUUGAGAUUAUUAUAGAAUUUGAUACAAUAAAGUGAACAAUUAAAAUUAAGUACAAUUAAGUACACAAUAAAAAUGCCUUAUCACUGAAGUAUUCAAACAUAUUUUUUUAUAGGAACCAAAAUAAUGUAAAUUUAUUCAAUAUAAUGUGAAAUGAAUAUCAACUCAUCUGCAGUUGACUGUCCAAUAUAACAUUUUUUUUCUACCUAUAUAAAUAUUCAUUACAAUACUAAUUAAUUAUUUAAUUUAUCUAUACUUUGUGUAUAAGAGGCGAAGGGGCGAUGUCUUCCUCUAGUCACUAUAACUUUUACCAAUAAAUAAUAAGGAACGAAUAUGGGUUUUCAAACUCAGUUCUCUCCCCUUCCCAAUUCGAGCACUUUUUAUUACAAAACUAAUUAUGAAUUAACUGAAUUGAUUUUAGGAAGUAGACAGAAUACUGGGAAUCGCUCAAAAAAUGUUGACGACUCUUUUUGGGACUUGGAUAAUUCUCUGCGUGUGCACUUUAUUUUCCAAUACAUCCAAGUAUCUACUCAUAUUAUUAUAUACUCUGAACAGAGCGAGGAAUGUAUUGGUUCUACUUUUUACUAUGAUAAUGUACUUUUUUAUUCUUCUUGUUUUUACUAUAAUAUCUGUUUAUUUCUGUGAGCAACUUUUCUACUAGAAAUCUUGACCCAAUAAAAAAAUAAUUCUUCAUUGAAUUUUGGAGCUAAAUAAUAAUUAGUAAAAAUUGGAAAAAAAUUGCAUAGUCAGAAGGACAAACAUUUAAUGUGUUAACAGGUUAACAGUUUUAUUGUUUUAAAUUUAUCCGAUUUUUGUUUUCUAUUUUCUAUCAAAAAUCUUGUUCAAAAUUUUAAGAGUAUUAUCUUUUCUGAAAGAAAAUUUUGUUUAUUUGAUGUGUAAGAAAGUUAUUUUUUGAUUUUCCAUAUUAUUCUGGCCCAACAAUAAUGCGUAAUAAUUUAUUAACGGUAUUCCAAAAAAUGUAAAACGUAACUUCGACUAGAACCGUUUUUCGAUUGGAGUAUUAUUUUUGUUGUAUACAAAUAUAAGUUAUACAAAUAAUACGUAGAUAUUAUACUUUUGACAAAUUUACUGUUGAGUAAUUAACAUUUGUGUAUUAGAUAUCUGUAUAAUUUUAAAACUACAAUUGAUAAUACUCAAAAAUAAAAAAAAAAAAUGUUAGUAACUGCAUAGUUCUAUUGCAGCUUUUAAUUAUCUUCAUAUUGCUUUUUAUAAUUUGAGAUUAUUGUAUUCAGCAUAUUAUUAUUUGGUUUUGAUUAUAUUUUCAUUCUAUUAACAUAGAUAUGUCUGCAUAGCAAAUCGUUGUCCGACCACCAUGUGGUUCAUGCCACAAUCCGAUUCUCAGUUUGAAAUAACAAUCAAUAUAAGACCCAAGGAUAACGACAAAGUUGCGUUUGUGUCAGAAGCAGAUGAUGUUUUUUCGGAAGACGAAAUGAAAAAAGACGAUAUUAACCAAACGAGACUCGACUGUGAACCACAAAAUAUACCAUUCAUGGAUUUUAACGACAAUUCCGCCUACAAAGCAAUGACCAUUUUUUUAAGAUUUUUCGUGGUGAUGAUGUUUGCAGGUAACAAAUUCAACGUGAAUUCAUUAUUUCGUUACUAGAUAUACAAUCGAAUUCAUAAUAAAAAAUGUACAGUUUUUCCCCAUUAUUAAGAAAACUACAAGGGAAAUAAAAAAAUGCCAGAUUUUGAAUCACCUAAGUAUUUGAAAUAAAUAACACUUUAAAAAAAACAAGACAAUAAUAAAAAACAAUGUUUUUUUUUAUUUAACCAUUACGAUGGUUUUAACUUUGUAAGUAAAAAAUAAUAUUUAUUAUACGCUUUUAUAAUAUAGGUUUGUUCACGUAUUCUUGGAUGGUUCUUAAAAAUUAUGAAGAAUGUGUUUGCCUAAAAAACGCUACUUCCGGAGGCAAUGUAACUGGAACUAGUGCAGGUCAAAUGCUGUUACACUGUUGA